AUGGCAUAUAAAGAACUUAUAAGACUCGUCAAAGAAGUUUUCAUAGAAGCAGGCACCCGAAAGCCUUGUGAAGGAACAAUAAUUAGAAGGCCUCCCUCUCCUUGGUGGGAUUCAAAUUGCAAAAAUAUCAUUCAAAAUAAGUUAAACGCAUAUAAAAGGAAAACAUGGAACAUUACUAAAGCCUUUAAAAACAGUAAAAGGAUUGAAGAUCUCAACGCAAAAGCAACCGAGAAUAAACUGCCACAAGUAAUAGAAAAUUUCGAAAAAACAAUUUCCACUGAAAACCCAUUGCCAUGUUGGGGCUGUUCAAUGGGUUUUUCCAAAACGGCAAAAUUCCUUCAUCCUGGAAGAACUAUACAUUAAUAUUUAUACCCAAAGGAGAUGGCGUGAGGCCAAUAUCUUUGGCCAACAAUUUAGCAAAGUUAUACGAGAAAAUCUUACAUCAUCGAAUAGAAUGGUGGUCAGAGAAUUCCAAAAUCCUACCUCCUUUUCAAAAAGGCUUUCGAAUAGGACGAGCAUGCCCUCAUAACAUUCUCGACCUAAAGCAGUUCAUCUAAGAUUUUUUUGAAUAAAACAAAAAAACUGGUGUGAUAU